AUGAAACAGAAUGUUAAACAUCUUGUGAUAGUUUGUGCUCCUAUACUAAAGUAUACUCGCCAUAGAGCUCCUGUUAGUCGCUCAUUCUUCGGGACCCAUGCUCCGCAUACUCGUUUCACUCGUACACUACGCAUUAUGCUCAAAACAUUAAAUGUUCAGAGUAAAAACUACAAGAGUACGCGUUUGCAACAGCGUUUGGCGUUGGAGUCUGCGAGAAAGCAAAAGGAGAUGAAGGGUAUGAUUCUAGACUCCAGAAAGACUCUCUUUAUGAGUCUCCGUGACAAUACAGGAAUAAAUUGGUACAGAGCCAAGCAGAUUUUAAAGCAUCUGGAGGUCCACCAAAGGCACCCAAAUGUGACGUCUCAAGCAAUGCGAGAGAAAAUUACCGAAAUCGCAAAUUUGGUCAAGCAGGGAAAGUAG